AUGAAUAUAUCAAGUAAAUGGGAUAGUAUUUGUAAUUCCAAAGACUAUGACAAAAAUAAGUGCUCUAAAUAUCUUAAAUAUUGGUUAUAUGGCAAAAUAGCAGAAAAGAAACUGAAGUUUUUUCUAAUUCGUAAACUUAACGAAAAUUUAAAAGAACUUAUAGAAGGAAAAUUAUCUAUUAUUGAUGAGAAAGAUUGCACAAGGAAUUUUAUAGAAUGCGCUGCUAUAGAAGUAUUACAUAAUAAAAAAAUAUUAUAUGAUUUUUUAGAAUAUUAUAUAUAUCUAAAUGAUGAAAUGGCUAAAAUAGAAGAAAAUGCAAAAGGAGAAUACUGUAAAUACAUUACUUAUAUUUUCGAACUAUACCAUAAAUUAUAUGAGGAAGAUAGACAAUGGGGAUUAUUACACAGAUAUGAAAAUGAAUUGAAGCUUUUUAGUACUACAUUUACAAAUGAAAAUGCGUUAUCUUCUUUAAAAUCUAAGUGUAAUAUUGAUAAUUUACUUAUAAAAUCAUUGAAAGAUGUUAAAACCACAGACAUGUUAGAAGGAAAUCAAUUGAGAAGACCUGCUAUAUCAGAUAGUCAUGAUAAUAGAUUUACCAAUAUAAAAAGUGAAUAUGAAAAUGUAAUUAAAGAAUUACCAUCUUCUAAAAUAUAUAAUGAUUUUGACAAAAAAGUUUCUACUGAUGCUUAUAAUAGUAAACAUUGUGGUAAUUUAAAUGUUGAUAAGGAUCAGAUGAAAGAUAUUUGUAAAAACAUGGAAAGGAAUAUAAGAACAUUACCAGAUAAUUCACAAAUGAAUGGCUUAAGUCAUAGGGAUCGUUGUACAUAUUUAAAUUUUUGGAUAUAUGAUGAAAUAAGUAAAUUAUAUACAAAUAGAGAUGGAAAUCUUACUAACAUAACUGAAGUUGCUAAUCUUAUUGACGCAAAUAUUAAAAUUAAUAUGGAUUUAAUUAAAGAUAAUUUUAAUACAAAUAAUAAUACAGAUCCAACCAAGUUUGUUAAAUAUUACGAUUUAAGUAAAUAUAAUACAUGUUUUUUUAAUUACGAUUGUACAUUUUCUGAAUGUAGAGAAAUGAAACAUCUAUUUGAAUUUUUUAAAAACUAUGAUGAAAUUAAUAAGAAAAUUGAUUGUGAAAAAAGGAAUAAAGGUAAAUAUUAUAAAUACCUUAAAUAUAUAAGUUAUUUAUACAAUAAGCACAAAUAUGAAGAAGAAUGCUGUUCGGGGGGUGCGGAAAUCUGUCCAGAUUAUUUUUUGUCAUGUGACGAUUAUUACGACCCAAAUAAACUUUUGUCUGCAAUCGAUUCGGAUGACAUACCCACAUGUAAUAAAAUAAAAGAUCCAUCUCUAUAUAAUCUAUCUGAAGAAACAACUACUAUUAAUCCCGAGGAAGAAAAUAACAUGUAUAUAAAAUAUUUUACAUGCUCAUAUGUUACUGAUCCUAAAUUUGAAAAGAAACGCUUAAGAUGUCAGCAUCCAGUUUUCAGCGCACACUUAAACGACAAAUUAUCUGCUAGAAGAAGUGUAAUUAAACGACAAAAUAAUAAUUUAAAAGGUAAAAAAUUAACAAUUAAUGGAAAAAACCAUAAAUGUUGUUUUAAUAUCUGA